AUGUUACCACUAUCUGCCCUGGAAGAGAUGGCACAUCCAGUAGUCAUGCCCAGUGUGACUGUAAUUGACACCGUUAGCAAUCUCAAAAACUUUCUAUCUGGUCUUAGGGAACUCGACAUGGACCCUGUUCCUCUGUUUGUUGAAUUCAAGGGGAGAGACGUCAGCCGUGAGGGAUCCUUGUCCAUCAUCUCUAUCUUUGUUCGACCAGAGAACAAAAUUUAUCUCAUUAACAUGCAUGCCAUCGACAAUGAUGACGUCUUCUCUACCGAAGACUCAACUGGAACAACACUUGAGUCAAUCUUUGAAUGCCCAGUUCUACGCAAAGCCGUCUUUGACGUUCGUGGGGCCUCAAAUGUUUUGUUUCAUCAACACGAUAUCACCCUCGAUGGAAUAGUAGAUAUCCAGCUCAUGGAGCUCGCAACCAGAGAUGGCUCAAGGGAAUUCGUUAGGGGGUUGGCAACAUGCGUACGCAACGAUAGCCCCCUAAGUGCCAAGGAAAAAUUGCGUUGGCAAGAGUCCAACGAAUUUAGAAAAAUGAUCUUUUGUCCCGAGGCCGAUGGGUGCCUUACUGAGCAGUAUAUGGAGACCACUCUACACACCGAAAUAAAAGACCACUGUGCAUAUUCCCUGGUAGUAUUAUCCCGCCUCUACGAUGUUUAUGAUGCGAGACUCAAGCAAGGUGCAACCAAAUUCUGGAAAACAGAAAUUCGCUCUGCCACCGAAGCCCGGAUUAACGACACCAAAAAGGAGGAAUUCGACGUGUAUGAUAGGGAAAACGCCUAUGGGCCUUGGGAUGAGGAAGAACUGGAAAUGAAAAUGGAGCGGCGGGACAGUUGUCCACGAGGGGUUACAAAAUCGGACAGGGAGUAA